AUGGAUGACGGCGGUACCGCUACCACCACGGCGAACCCGCCGCCAGCCGUCAACGUCAACUCGGUCUGCCAGGCCGCGUACGCUCCGUUCAUCCAACGGUACCCCACGUGUGCGUUUACGUCGCUACUCGCGCAGAGUCAGGUGAACGCGACGUCCGUCCGGUCCUCCGACUGCCUCCCCCUGUCGCAGUGCCGCGUGGGGCUGACGACAUUUGUGGCGGCGUUUCAGCCUCAACUCCCGACGAACCUGCUCGCCAAGUGUCUGCUCACAGACACCCCCACGAAACUCACGACCCCCGUCGCGUCCCUCAAUGCAUUGUGCCUGGGGGAAAUACCGCCAACUCCACCGCCUCCACCACCGCCUCCACCUCUGCCUUCAUUUGCCCUUCCUUCCAGCGUCACGCCCUCUACUACAACCUCUACUUCCCCUCCAACUUCAACCAAGCCAUAUACAAGCUACACAAGCGUCGUCCAAGUGAUUGAUCCGUCCUGGGUCGCUUCGUCGUCUGUGAAACCACUUGUGUCCCCAGGCGGUGGCUCGGUCACCCCUGCCCGCGAACCGAAAGAAGCCGACGAUCCCAACCACAACGUCGCUGCCGCCGCCUUGAUCAUCUGCGCCAUCCUCUUGGCGGUGGUGGUGGUGUUUGGCGUAGUGUGCCUCGUGCGCAAGGCGGUGCGGCGGCAGCGCCGCGUGGAAGAGUACAGCAGCAUGCAGGAUUUGACCGCGACCGAGAUGAUGCUGCUGGAACGCCGCCGGGAGCAAGCCACGUCGUCCGUCACCACGACCAUGGACCAUCCCCCCCCGCCACCACCACAUCCACUCCACCCGACACCGUACUUUACCUCCACGAUGAACCAUGGCGGCGGCGGUGGUGGCAACAGCUUUGUUCUGGAUAGCUAUGAUCUCAUGACGCCCAAUUCGCGUUCCAGCCACCAUGCGACCGCGCUUUCUAGCGGUACCCCCAAGCAGCAGCAGCCGCGCCGGUCGUUUCCCCCGCCUUCGCCCCUUCCCUAUGACGAUGACGUUGCUGACUUGGCCAAGUAUUCGAUAUCCGCGGCGGACGUCCGGCUACUGCAGCCGUUAGCGCAAGGCCUGUCAAGAGAAGUUUGGCUAGCCCAAAACAGCCAGGACAAGACCAUGAUCACCGCCACCCGAUUGCUCCCGCACAUGAAAACGCCGUACGAACUGCAUGUGUUUGUGCGGUCGAUUCACUUCUUAGCUCGGAUGCAGUGCCCCGAGUACAUUGUCCACUUUGUGGGCGUGACGGGGGUGUUGGGUCGCAAGCCAACUGAUAUGAUGCUCUUGACCGAAUACAUGGACUGCGGCGACCUGCGCGGCAUUCUCGACACCAACCACGCCGACAGCAGCUUUCACUGGAGCCACAAACUGCAAUGUGCCGCCCACAUUGCCCUCGGAUUGGCCUAUUUGCAUGCCAAGUCGCUCGUGCACGGCAACCUCUCGUCGCUCAACGUACUGGUGGACUCGGCCAAAGGGGCCAAGCUCUCAGAUAUCAAUGGCAGCUGCAACCCCCCCGACGGCGACGACGACGAUGUUGUGCGGCUCCGGCGGUUUGGUCGGUCGAGGGGGUCCAAUCUGAAGCUGCUCACCGCCGGGCUCGGGGCCUUCCGAUGGGUCGCCCCAGAGGUGCUCCGCGGCAACCAGCCGACGCCCGCCGCCGACAUGUACAGCUUGGGGGUGAUUUUGUCGGAGCUCGACACGGAGCAGAUGCCAUUUUCUUCGAGUGCGUCGUUGGAGGGCGUGGUGACUCCCCGACGCCUGCGCGAAGGCGACCACGCCAACCAGGAGGUGCUGGUGAGCAUCGUCACCAAUGCCGCGUCACCCGCGUUCUCCCCCACGUGUCCGUCAUGGUUUUUGUCGGUGGCGACCACGUGCGUCGACGCGGACCCGACUCGGCGGCCGACGGCGACUAUCGUCGCCAAUCGAUUUCAAAGCCAGCUCGCCACUACGAUCGUGUACGACAGUGCUAGAAAUUGA